GUAUAUUUAUAACACGAAGGAUCGGAUGCUACGGGUACCAUCUUUUCACGUACGUUGCCACCAUGGUGGAAAUCACGCAACAAUGCUCAAUUCGUUUUUUACAUAUGGUGGAAUAAUUUCGUAUGUGCAUAGAGUAGAGAUAUACCUCUCCUCGUACACCUCGUUCGGAGAGACGAUUUCGGUUCUCAUGAACCGGUUCUGAACGAACUGCGAACAAUCGUGGACUGAUCGUGGCUGUCAUAGUCAUUGCAAUUCUGACCAAUUAUGACCCCGUUCUGAGCUGACUGUUAACCACCUAAUAACUUGGAAUAGGAUUGGAAAUUGUGUUCUUGGCUCGUAAAUUGAGAGUUCAAGAAUUAGGGGCUCGAGAAAAUCUACCUCUGCUAUUUUCGAAGGAAUGAGUUGGUCAGAUGCUCGAGAUCUCCUUAGGCUUUGGAGAGAAGAUAACGAACGGAAGAGUCAGGAUGUAGUUAAUUUGUGGGAGACUAUUUUGAGCAAAAAUAUCUUCAAAUUAGGUGAUGAAAGGCUCCUUGUGCUUGAACAGGUGUGUCUUGCCUCUUUAGACACUAAUCGCCUUGAUAUAGCUGAUAAAUGCUUGCAAUCUCUUGCUGCAGAAUUUCCCAGUAGUUUACGUGUUCGUAAACUUCAAGCACUGAAACUCGAAACAUUAGAAAAAUAUGAUGAAGCUCUGGAGCUUCUAGACUCCAUUAUCAAGAGAGAUGAGACAAAUGCAGCACCUAGGAAACGCAGAGUGGCCAUCCUGAGAGCAAAGGGGAAGCAUUCUGAAGCAAUCAAGGAACUGACAGAUUAUUUAAAAAAAUUUAUGAGUGAUCAAGAAGGAUGGCAAGAAUUAUGUGAUUUAUAUCUGUUGGAACAAGACUAUGCUCGUGCUGCAUUUUGCAUGGAAGAAUUGAUAUUGCACAAUCCACAUAAUCAUCUAAUUCAUCAGCGAUAUGCAGAUAUUAGAUACACUCAGGGAGGAUUUGAAAAUAUUGAGCUGGCCAGAGCUCACUACAGUUUGGCAUUCAAAUUAAAUCCAAGCAGCAUUAGAGCUCUUUAUGGUAUUUUCUUGUGUGCUACUAAUAUUGCGGUUUCUCCUAAAGCCACAUCUCCAAAAAGAAAAGAAGCAACAAAAUUGGCAAAUUGGGUUAUAAAAGAACUUAGUAAGCGACAAGAAAGACAGAACGUUGAAGACUCUCAAGUGGCAGCUCUGGAAGGUUUGAUUAGUUCCAUACAGUUGGCUGCAUCUGCAUAAUUCAUUGGACCUUGUAAUUAUUUGUGUUUACCACAAGCGGUGUAUUCAAAAUAUUUUAUGUUGUUUUCGUGUCAAGUUACAAAUUAUAUUGUUUCCUUGUAUGUUGUUCUGUUUGUGUAAAUUAAAUUUAAAAAUUGGUUUUUAAAUGAUGAACAAACAUGUUGAAGUCUCAUUACUUCACCUAUCAUAAAUUUCCUAGGUGAAAAGCGUUAAAAUGCAGAAAAUCUCUCAUCUGAAUCGGUCCAGUAUUUUAAGAAAAGAGAUUGAUUAAAGCUUCAUUUUUCCAGGUCUUUGGCCUUAUAAGAAUUACCUUAAAUAUGCAUAAUAUAUAAUCAAACACUUUAACACACUAUUUGAUAAUUAUUGGGUGAAAUAUUGUGAACCUUUGUUGUUCUAAAUAUUUAUGAACUUAGUAAAUGUGUACCAAUUAUGAAAAAAUCCCAUUUUGUCACAAAUGCAAAAAACAAAAUUUGAUGUUCAUAUUAAACAUAUAACAAUGCAACAUAAGUUUUUCAGAAUGGCUGCUCAUAACCUUGGAUUACCUGAUCCCUUUGUGGAUCAUAAUUUUGAGACGAUUUCCUCAAUGAUGAGGAUCUCAUCAUUGAAAUCGUUGAAAGAAUUCAAUGACAUUGAAUUUAUUAUUAAUUGGUCAACUGUAAUAUUACUAGCCCUUAAUUAUUGGAAGAAUUGAUAAAUAAAUGCUCUUUUUUAUGAACUGAAA